GCUAUUGAUACUAUUUUGAGAUAUUGCUGUAAUAUCUUGCAAAUUAUCUUUUGAGUAGAAAUGAUAUCUAUGAAGAUUCCGAUCUUUUUUAAGUAUCAUAGAUAAACUUAUCAUUUAAGUACCUUUCUGAAUGAAUGAUGCAACUAUUCCGUGUAGACAUUCGUAAUCUAAUUAUUUUAUUCAAAGAUAUGAUAACUUUCUUCAAAGUAACUUACCAUUUGGUAAAAGUUAGAAAGAAGAAUUUAUCUGAUGAUUUGCAUUUAUGGGGUUACAAGGAUUACCACCAAAGCAAGGUCUAUAUGAUCCCCAGUUUGAAAAAGAAGCUUGUGGUGUUGGUUUUGUUGUAAAUAUCAAUGGGAUAGCUUCACACAAACUAAUUCAAGAUGCUGAAACCAUAUCUAAGCGCCUGGAGCACAGAGGGGCUCGAGCUGGGGAUAACAACACUGGUGAUGGUGCUGGCAUUAUGACAUCCAUUCCACACGAGUUUUAUCGACUUUCAUUAAGGAAAGAGUUGCGUGUUGAUUUACCACCAAAAGGAAAAUAUGCAACUGGUAUUAUUUUUAUGGAAUCAUCUGAAGAGACUAGCGUAAAAUAUCAUUUUGAAAAAAUUGUUGAAGAAGUUGGCUUACAAGUUUUAUGCUGGAGAAAUAUUGAAGUUGAUAAUAGCUCUCUUGGUGCAGUUGCCAAAUCAUCUGAACCAAUGAUGCAGCAAAUUUUUAUAACUGCAGAGAAUUUAAAUAAUAAAACCUUCAAAGAAAAGGUGUACCUCUUACAAAAAUCUUCUACUCAUCGAUUGCAAAAGUAUUUCACUUGUUUUUACAUUUGCAGUUUAUCCACAGAAACUGUUGUUUACAAAGGACAGCUUACUUCAUCACAAUUGUGGUCCUAUUUUAAAGAUCUACAAGAUACUAGUUACACUACUUACUUAGCCAUUGUACAUGCUCGGUUUUCAACCAACACUUUUCCUACUUGGGAUAGAGCUCAUCCAUUAAGAUAUUUAGCUCAUAAUGGGGAAAUCAAUACUUUGCAUGGUAAUGUAAAUCUGAUGAGGGCACGAGAAGGUGUGAUGAAAAGCUCCAUAUAUAAAGAUGACUUGAAAAAGAUAUUUCCUGUUGUUGAACCAAAUAUGUCUGACUCAGGAAGUUUGGAUAAUGUUUUAGAAUUUCUAGUUAUGGCUGGUCACCGCUCUUUACCUGAAGCUGUUAUAACUAUGCUUCCUGAAGCUUGGCAGAAAGAUGAAUUGAUGAUUGUCCAUAAAAAGCAUUUCUAUCAAUGGAGUUCGUGCGUCAUGGAACCCUGGGAUGGACCUGCAUUAGUAACAUUUACUGAUGGUCGAUAUGUUGGUGCUAUUUUGGAUAGAAACGGUUUGCGACCAUCCCGUUAUUACAUAACAAAUGAUGAUCAUGUUAUUAUGGCCAGUGAAGUUGGUGUGUUAGACUUUGAAAAUGAAAAUAUCAAAUUGAAGGGGCGCUUACGACCCGGGCGCAUGCUUCUGGUUGAUACUAAAGAACACCUUUUUAGAAGAGACGAUGAAGUUAAAGUUGAAAUUGCACAUCAAAGACCCUUAAAGCGAUGGCUUGAAGAACUGGUGACUCUAGAAAAACUAAAGUCUGCUACACCAAUACGAGGGAGAAAGAUGAGUUUUCCUGUGUCUGAUGUCAUGAAAGAUCGACGAUUGCCUCUCUUUGGCUAUACAAUCGAAGCUGUGACUUUAUUAUUACUGCCUAUGAUACAAAACGGGAAAGAGGCUUUAGGAUCUAUGGGUAAUGAUGCACCACCAGCUUGUUUGUCUCAAUAUCACCCAUUAGUUUAUGAUUAUUUUAAGCAGCUUUUUGCACAAGUAACAAAUCCUCCAAUAGAUCCAUUCCGAGAAGAUAUUGUACUUUCUUUGGCUUGUCCUAUAGGUCCAACUUUUAAUAUGCUUGAACCUAAUGCAAAACAAUGUCAAAGGCUAUGGCUUGAACACCCCAUUCUAACUUUGAGGGACAUGGCUGCCAUCAAAGUUACAGAUUUUAAUGGAUGGAAGACAAAAAUUGUUGAUAUCGUCUAUCCUGUGGAAAAUGGAAGUGAAGGCUUAGUACCUGCUAUUGAUCAGAUUUGUUUAGAAGCAUACACUGCUGCAAAAGAGGGAUACAGUUUCAUAGUAUUAUCUGAUAGAAAAGCUGAUGAACGCCAUGUGCCUGUUAGUGCUUUGCUUGCUUUGGGAGCUGUUCAUCUUCAUCUAGUAAAAGAACGACAGCGUAUGAAAGUUGGACUUAUUGUAGAGACUGGUGAAGCACGAGAAGUUCAUCAAUUGUGUGUUCUUUUAGGCUAUGGUGCAGAUGCGAUAUGCCCGUAUUUGGUUUAUGAUAUUGCCUUUGGAAUCAAUUUAGAAUUGCCUUUUAGCCUUGCAAUCAGUACAGAAGUAAUUGAAGCCAAUUAUAUAAAAGCUCUGUCCAUUGGCAUCUCCAAGGUUAUGGCUAAGAUAGGAAUUUCUACUCUGCAAAGUUAUAAAGGGGCCCAUAUUUUUGAAGCAUUGGGAUUAGAUUAUGAUGUUAUUGAUAAAUGUUUUCAAAAUACACCUUCAAGAAUCAGUGGGGUUAAUUUUGAAGUACUUGCUCAAGAGGCAAUGGAGCGUCAUCACUUUGCAUUUUGUGCAAGUAAUGGAGAUAAUGAAAUUCUGAGAAAUCCAGGUUUUUACCAUUGGAGAAGCGGUGGUGAAGCUCAUGUAAAUGAUCCUCAAAGUGUUGCCAAUCUACAGGAGGCUGUUCGAACAAAGUCUCAAAAUGCUUAUGAGCGCUAUGUUGAAAGUACCAUGGACAGUGUUCGUGAAUGCACUCUCAGAGGACAAUUAGAAAUGAUGUUUCAAAAUAAGGGAGCUCUUCCAUUAUCAGAAAUUGAGCCUGCAGCAGAAAUAGUGAAACGAUUUGUUACUGGAGCUAUGAGUCUUGGUAGUAUUUCAGCUGAAACCCAUGAAACCUUAGCCAUCUCAAUGAAUCGUAUUGGUGGGAAAUCCAAUACUGGGGAAGGAGGUGAAAGCGCAGAGCGAUGGAGCUCUGCUGAUAUAUUACAGAAUAAACGAUCUGCAAUUAAGCAAGUGGCAUCAGGGAGAUUUGGAGUGACUAUAGGCUACUUAGCAAAUGCAGAUGAAAUUCAAAUAAAAAUGGCUCAAGGUGCAAAACCUGGUGAAGGUGGAGAGCUUCCUGGCCAUAAGGUUUCCGAAGAAAUUGCUGAAUGUCGUCAUUCAACUCCUGGAGUUGGUCUUAUAAGUCCCCCUCCUCAUCAUGACAUCUAUUCUAUUGAAGAUCUAUCAGAAUUAAUAUAUGAUUUAAAAUGUGCAAAUCCAUCUGCUCGUAUAUCAGUGAAGCUUGUGUCGGAAGUUGGUGUUGGUAUUGUUUCUUCAGGAGUAGCUAAAGCUAAAGCUGAACAUAUUACUAUAUCUGGUCAUGAUGGAGGAACUGGUGCAAGUAGUUGGACUGGUAUAAAAGGAGCUGGAUUACCAUGGGAAUUAGGAAUCGCAGAAACCCAUCAAACCCUUGUUUUAAAUGAUCUUCGUUCGCGAGUCAUAUUGCAAGCUGACGGGCAACUAAGGACAGGAUUUGAUGUUAUGGUUGCUGCUCUAUUAGGAGCUGAUGAAUUUGGAUUUUCGACUGCACCUUUAAUAGCACUUGGUUGUACAAUGAUGAGAAAAUGCCAUUUAAAUACAUGUCCUGUAGGCAUUGCUACUCAGGAUCCAGUUUUACGAAAAAAGUUUGCUGGAUUACCUGAACAUGUAGUAAAUUAUUUCUUUUUCUUAGCGGAAGAAGUCAGAACAUACAUGUCCAAACUGCAUAUAAAACAAUUUCAAGAUUUAAUUGGCCGAGCAGAUCUGUUAAAGAUUUAUAAAAAUAAAAGAAAUAAAAAGGCUUCUCAUCUUGACUUUCAUUCCCUUUUAAAGUGUGCAAGAUCCUUACGAACUAAUACAGUACCAGUUGGUGGAAGCAUUAAACAUGACUUUGAGUUGCACAACAGAUUAGAUAAUAAAGUUAUUGAAAAAUAUUUUGAAACUUGGAAGGAAUCCUCAAACACUGAAAAAAAGCAUUUGUCCAUGACUUUAGACAUUACAAAUCGAGAUAGAACAUUUGGUACUACACUAAGCUAUCAUAUUGCUAAAGAAUAUGGAGACCAAGGUUUGCCAGAUAAUUCAAUUCAACUUUAUGUGAAAGGAUCUGCAGGACAAAGCUUCUGUGCUUUUCUCAUUAAAGGAGUUUCUGUCUAUUUGGAAGGUGAUGCUAAUGAUUGUGUAGCAAAAGGCCUUACUGGUGGUGAAGUCAUAUUAUAUCCCCCAAAAGAUAUGGCUCCUACUUUCAAAUCCGAGUUGAAUGUCAUUGCAGGGAAUGCUUGUCUUUAUGGUGCCACAUCAGGAAAAGCUUUCAUUAGGGGAAUUGUAGCUGAAAGAUUUGCUGUUAGAAACUCUGGAGCAUUUGCAAUCAAUGAAGGUGUUGGUGACCAUGGUUGUGAAUAUAUGACAGGUGGAAAAGUUGUUGUAUUAGGGUUAACAGGUAGAAACUUUGCUGCUGGUAUGUCUGGUGGGAUUGCUUAUGUUUAUAACAAGACUGGUAAUUUUGAAUCGCAAUGUAAUAAGGAUAUUGUAGAUUUACUUCCUGUAAGAGAUGUAGAAGAUAUAGAAUUCCUAAAAGAUUUCAUUUUAGAGUUUCAUACAAAGACUGGUUCAGAAGUUGCAAAGUUCAUCCUGGAUUCUUGGGAAGUUUCUGUGAAGCGUUUUGUUAAGGUUUUUCCUAAAGACUAUCAGAGAGCUCUGAAAGAGAAACGUGCUAGGCUUGCUCAACCACCGAGUAUCACCAAAGAAGCAGAGGCUAUUCCAGUCACAAAUGGUACACAGACUGAUGACAUUGAAGAUAUCUUGAAAAUAAGUGGUCCAAUUGAUAAAACUAAGGGCUUCAUAAAGUAUAGGCGUGUGAAAUCUAAUUACAGACCUGCUGAAGAGAGAAUGCUUGAUUACAACGAGAUUUAUGACCAUAAAAAUGUUAGAAAGACCCUGAAAGUACAGGCAGCAAGGUGUAUGGAUUGUGGUGUGCCAUUUUGUCAGUCUAAGAGUGGGUGCCCAUUAGGAAAUAUUAUUCCUAAGUGGAACGACUUGGUUUAUCAGGAUAACUGGAAAGAAGCUUUGGAUCAGCUACUUCUAACAAAUAAUUUUCCUGAGUUUACUGGACGUGUCUGCCCAGCACCUUGUGAAUCUGCAUGCGUCCUGGCUCUCAUUGAACCGGCUGUAACUAUUAAGAAUAUUGAGUGUGCCAUCAUUGAAAAAGCAUUUGAAAGUGGAUGGAUGGUGCCCAAACCUCCUCCUUCAAGAUCUGGUUUUAGUGUCGUCAUAGUAGGAAGUGGACCUGCUGGCUUAGCUGCAGCUUCCCAAUUGAAUAAAGUUGGGCAUACUGUGACAGUGUAUGAAAAGAAUAGGCAAGUUGGUGGUCUGUUACGAUAUGGCAUACCUAGCAUGAAGCUUAGCCGAGAGGUAAUUGAUCGCCGAAUUGAUCUAUUAAAGAGGGAAGGAAUUAAUUUUCAAACUAAUCAAGAUGUAGCAAAAAAUUUAGAUGGCCUUUUCAACUAUGAUGCAAUUUUGUUAGCGGUUGGAUCUACAAGACCGAGAGAGCUGCCAAUAUCUGGUCGCAAUUUGAAAGGCAUAUUUUUUGCCAUGGAUUACUUAGAAGAAGCACAAAAGCAUCAAGAAGAUCGCCAUGAUGUUCUUGGUAAAGCUCAUGGAAAAGAUGUUAUUGUUAUUGGCGGUGGGGAUACUGGUGUUGAUUGUAUUGCCACUGCUGUUAGGGAGGGUGCUAAAAGCGUAACAACACUGGAACUGCUUUCACAACCCCCAGAUUUCCGGCCUAAAGGUAAUUUAUGGCCCCAUGUAUCAAGAGCCAUCAAAGUAGAAUAUGGGCAUGCUGAUGUGAAAGCUAAAUAUGGAAAAGACCCUAGGCAAUACAAUUUGUUACCACUGGAAUUCUUAAAUGAUGGAUCUGGUAAUGUUUGUGGUAUUAGAGCACAUCUUACAGACUGGAAAAAAGAUAAAUUUGGACGGUGGGAAGCUCACAAAUUGUCAGAUUCUGAGACUAUCUUGAAAGCUGACUUGGUUUUAUUAGCUCUUGGUUUUCUAGGACCAGAGACAGAUUUGCUUCAAUUGAUGAACGUAGAAUUAGAUUUGAGGUCUAGCGUUAAAACGCCCCAGGGUCGUUACAACACUUCAAUUCCUCGUGUCUAUGCAGCUGGAGAUUGCCGAAUGGGACAGUCUUUGGUAGUUAAUGCUAUAGCAGAAGGAAGACAAGCUGCUCGUCAAAUCGACGAUGACUUAAUGAAUGGGUCUUGUCUAGCUGGGCCAGGAGGAUUGAUUUACCUUAAAAAACACUGCCAAUGAGUUUAGAAAUAGUAUUAUUUUAUUAGAGUUUUAUAUUUAUUUUAGAUGAAUUUUAUGUUGGACAAAUGGUCUCCGAUACAAGUAUUGGGAUUCAGUUGUUUUAUUCUGCAUUUUAUAAUAUUUUCAGAACUUUUCUGUUUGAAGUUGUUUUAAUAAAGGAAAGACCUUUGGUUUCA